GUUUGUGUUUUAACGUGGAGAUUUUUUUUGAACUAUUUUUCCCGUGAGCUUUUAUGUGGUGAAUUUUGUUCCACGUUAACAUGUCUUGUUAUAUUCCUUUCGAUUAGUCUGAUUUUUCGUCCUCAGUCAUGUCUCCAAAAAGUGUUGUCAUUACUGGAGCAAAUCGUGGAAUCGGACUUGGACUUGUUCAAGAAUUCGUGAAAGAUAAGAAUAUUCGUCAUAUUAUUGCAACUGCUAGAGAUGUUGAGAAAGCAACAGAUUUGAAAGCAAUUAGUGAUCCUCGUGUUACUGCUCUCCAAUUGGAAGUUACUUGUGAUAAAUCAAUGGAUACUUUUGUCUCAAAAGUUGAAGAAAUUGUUGGAUCUGAUGGACUUAACCUGCUUGUCAAUAAUGCGGGAAACGCGGUGGAUUAUCCAUGUAAAGCGAAACCAAACCGUGCACUGUUUGCCGAGCAGCUGAAUGUGAACACGACCAGUGUGGUUAUUCUCACUCAAAAACUGAUGCCACUUCUCAUCAAGGCAUCCUCAAAAGUGUCUGGAGAUCAACUUUCCGCUUCACGUGCUGCUGUAGUCACUAUCUCAUCUGGACUUGCAUCAAUGACUGAUUUUGCCACAGGAGGCCAUGCUCCAAAUGCAUUUGCUUACAGAAUUAGCAAAGCUGCCAUUAAUAUGUUUGGUAGAGCUCUUGCAAAUGAUAUGAAAGAUGAUCAUAUUCUGGUAGCCAGUAUUGGUCCUGGAUGGGUGAAGACUGAUAUGGGAGGAGAGAAGGCCCUUUUGACGGUUGAACAAUCAACUGCCGAACUAGUGGCCAGCUUCAACAAGCUCAACAAUUCUCACAAUGGAGGAUUCUUCCAAAAAGAUCUCACACCGUAUCCUUUUUAAGUGCAUUUCUCGAAAUACUCGUUUUCAAAUAGGUUUUUCUCAAUUCCAAAAAAAUUAAAUCCAAAACCACAAAAUUUUGUGACCACUUUUUGUGACGAAAGAUCAAUUUGAUUCAAAGCGUCCAAUUGUUUAGUUUAUUUCUAUUGUAGAUUCAAUAAAAGUUUAUGUAGUUUUUCUUGUAUUUCAAAACAUGUUUAUUUUAUUUUCUAAAUAUCGGCAUAUUUAUUUGUUUUUCUAAAUAUAAAUGUCUUCGUAUUU